CCCUCGGCGCCUCCGGCCCCUGGCCCUGCCCCCCGAUUGUCUUGGUCACAAGCCCAUACCCACCUGCUGCCACUACAAUGAGUGGGAAGUCCCUGCUCCUAAAGGUCAUUCUCCUGGGGGAUGGUGGAGUUGGGAAAAGCUCCCUCAUGAACCGUUAUGUAACCAACAAAUUUGACUCUCAGGCUUUCCACACUAUAGGUGUGGAAUUCCUAAAUCGAGAUUUAGAAGUCGAUGGUCGCUUUGUGACCCUCCAGAUCUGGGACACUGCGGGUCAGGAGCGUUUCAAGAGCCUCCGAACACCGUUCUACAGAGGAGCGGACUGCUGCCUCUUGACCUUUAGCGUGGAUGACAGGCAGAGCUUUGAAAAUCUUAGCAACUGGCAGAAAGAGUUCAUCUAUUAUGCAGACGUGAAGGACCCUGAUCACUUCCCCUUUGUAGUCCUAGGUAACAAGGUAGACAAAGUCGAAAGGCAAGUGACCACCGAAGAGGCACAGGCCUGGUGUUUGGAGCAUGGGGAUUACCCCUACCUAGAAACGAGUGCCAAGGAUGACACCAAUGUCACAGUGGCCUUUGAGGAAGCAGUGAGGCAGGUCCUGGCGGUGGAGGAGCAGCUGGAGCAUUGCUUGCUGGGCCAUACUGUUGACCUAAACAGCAGCUCCAAGGCUGGAUCUUCAUGCUGUUAAGGCCACAGCUUCUAGAGAAGUAGACCCCAACAUUGAUUUGUCAAUAGUAUAAGGAGAGAUGACUUCCAGGUGCAUCCAAGAGUGUCCAGAAAAGGGUAGUUAGAUGUUACUGUUGACUGUCAAUCAGAGCCUUUCAAAUUGAAGUUGGGAGUUGAGAAGAAAGAGCUUUAUGGGGAGCAAGCCAAAUGUAUUUGUGUGUGAUUUCUGCUAUUUUCCCUUCCUGCAUAUAUCAACCAGGGCCUUCAAGGAAGAUUUAGGUCUUGAAUGAAUUACAUAGUUUCACAUUUGCAGUAUUAACCCAGAACCCGCUGUGAAAAUGAGGCUUUCAGCAACAUGGAGUUGGAGAGCUACAGGUAUCACUGAAAGUGUUUCCACUAAUGAACUGAAAAAGGUUUCCAUCAAACUUUUUGAAAAGUAGUUCCUCACAUUUCUGCCAAAGGAAAGACAUGAGUCUUGAGCUGUGUUGCAACAAAAGUAGUGAUGCUUCGUAAGGCUGGCAUGCCUAGAAAUGCAGAUUUGUAACAAUGUAUGUUGCCUUGUUGAAACCCUUCUAUAUAUUUUUCUCCUGCUCUGAGCCUUUCAAAGUAUACCACCUCAAUGCAAGACAGACUCAUGCCACUGGAAACAGUAUACUCCUUUUGUUUGAAAUGAAUAGAUUCCGUUCAAAUAGUCCAACCUUCUUUGGAGAGAAAUGGUUGAUCUGCCUUUACUUUGCACCCUUGCUGCAUAGAGAUGUCGCUUCCGUGUCAGCCUUUCAUCAAUGGAAGAGUUCUGCCUGAUCUUCCUAACAAUGAGUGUCUUUAGUCAGGAUUCACUGCAUUCGGCUCGGGUGCUCUUUUUGGCCAUGAGAAUAAGCUCAUCGGGAAGGCCAUUAGAAAGAAGUGAGAGGAUAACAAGUCUCCCACCUGAAGUUCUUUGACUCCAAGUAUUUGAAGAUCUUUCCACGUAGAAGAGGAAACUUACUUGUCCUGCUGCUCCAAGAGGCAAAACUACAACCAAAGGGUUAAAGUUACAAGAAGGAGAAAAACUUUUUUGCUAUGGGAGCUAUCCACCAGUGGACUGGACUGCCUUGAGAGGGCCUUGUCACUUCAAGGCAUUCAAGCAGGGGCUGAGUAACAACCUAUCGGAGAUGCUAUAGAAGGGAUUCCCUUACUGAGUGAGAGGUUGAAUGCCAUCGACUCUCAGCUCUCUUCCAACUCAAAGUCCUCUGACUCCAUAAUGUAUGUUUCAGUGCCAUGUAAUUACAGGUUUGUCAUGGGCUGGCAGCUCAGGCCCAAGAGGGCAAUAUGCUAAUGUCUUAGUCUGCUUUAGUCUUAAAAUGCUGCUUUCAAGUGGUUUGUCUUUAACAGCAACUGGUCAGUUAAUUCUUUUUGCUUUUGGACAAUGGCAGGGGAAAGUCUCGAACUCUAAGUCAUCUUAAUGUGUCCUAACGUAAGCAUUGUGAAGAGAAAAUACAUACGUACAACAGGGCUUGGCCAACUUUCGGUCAUAGUGGCUGCUGGCUCUAAACCACAUUAUUGGAAUUUAUAGUCCAGAACCUAGUUUUUAUUGAUUGAUCCAUUUGUCCAUGUAGUUCUUAUUCUGUAAAUCCAUGCUCUCUUUGAUAAAUAUCUAACCCCAAAUUGUGAAUUACUUAUAGAAACUACCAGUAAAGGGAUUUUUUUUCCUGAGGGCAACUUUCACAACAGUACAGCCUAUCCUCUGUAAUAGUUACAUAAAAAAGUUCACCUAUGCAGAGAGGCUUACCUGGUCCAAAAGGCCAAGACUUCCAAAAACAUGAAAAUGGAAUGACCUGAUCGCACCCAAAUCUUCAAUUAAGGUAUAGAGCUGACCCCAUUACCCAGAGUAGCCUUAAUGUUGAAUGUCAGAACCAGAAUUAGCCCUCUCCACUUCCCCCCAGCUCUUAAGUCUAGGCUCCUGCACUGACUUCACCCACAGCCACCAAUACUGGUUUUCAAGUCGUAUGAUCCAACUGCAGCAGUCACAUUAAGCUGGAAAUUUUCAAGUUGCUGUAGUCAGAACUAGUCAUUGUUAAUGCUCAUUUUUGAAAAGUGCAUGGGAUAUGGGCCCUCUCUUUGUAUUUGCAUUCUGUUUAUGAUCGCUUCCAUUUGUAGAUCUUAGGCCUUUAUAAAGACCAACAUGGACUGACUCCCAAAGGACUUGCUUCUGUUAUGGUAGCAUAUGGUUUGUUGACUAAAAAUCACAUAAAUUGAAUGUUCUUGGGCCUGCUUUCUACCCAAGACAAAUGUUAAUCAUCUUGAUGGAUCAACUGAAGCCUCAUUUCUCUUCACCGUUGCCAUACUAAUUUCCCUGCCAAGUAAAUUCGUGAUCUCUUAAUGAAAGUACUUAAUUGUGAUUCAAGCAGUGGCAUUCUGAUGUGCAACACCCAAUGGGCUGCUAAUGUAUAGUUUGGCUACUGUAGAGAAAGGCUAAUUUAAGCCCCAGAAACUGUGCAGAAAGGGCUAGUGAUUGAUGAUAUUACUCUGGAAUAUUUAGUGUUGAUGGUUUGGGUUGUCUUUUUUUUCUGUUUUGGCUUUUGUUUUUAAGGAACACUAGAUUUUUUUAAAAUGACAUUCCUCAUUAGAACUACAUAUGGUUUUUUUUAAAUGGUCCAUUAAAAUGUCAUACCAAAUUUUUGUUUAGUUCAUUUUUCUGUAUUAAAAGAAAAUUCCAGGGGCUUCAAAAUUCAAUUUGUGCCUGCCUUGGCCAUCUCAAUUUUGCCCUAUGGCAAUCCACACUCCUUGUUGCUGGUGCUGCUAAAAGUCUCAAGAAUUGUGUUUCAGGUGUUUUGAUUCAGCUAUUAAAAUUCAUCUGUGUUAAAGUGAA